GGCGGCUCGGCCCGCCGGUGUCAAGGCGGCUAGUUCAAGUUGCCAUAGCGGCGAGGUAAGGAGGGUGGGAAGCUUUAGUGGGGAAGGGGCCGGCUGCGCCCUGGGUAGGUGGGGCUCAGGCGGCGGUGCGGUGAGCGCUGGGGCUGCGCCUUGCGCUGCUAGUGGCGCGUGGGGAGGCGCUGCCCUGCACGGCGCGGUGGUGGCGGCGGGUUGCUCUUGCGGGGCCGCUGCGGGGCCUCGGGAGCAGGCGGGCGGCCCGCGGGAUUGGAGGGGCACGGACGGCGGCGUGCCCGGCGCUGUCCUGCAGUACGUGCACGGGGGGAGGAGCCAAGGCGGCCGGGGACCCUGAGGGGUGGGAUCGGGUGUCGGUAAAGCUAGGUUACGUGUGUUUGGUGCGAACGGUAUGAAAGAAUCGUUCGCUGUGCCGUGCUGUUGAUGAGCUCAGGGAAUAUGGUGUCACGUGUUGAUGAUAAACGUAGUUCUGGAAGCCCGGUGCUGGAGGGUCUGCUUGUGGCAUCAGGUCCCUGAAUGCUUUUGGCACAAAAAGAAGCACUACAAGUCUCAAGAUACUGAUGGCAGAUUCAUCCAGUGAUUCAGACUUUUUUAGGGCUCGAAUAGGAAGAUGGCCACCUUUGAGGAGGACAUCCCACAACAGAGCUCGGAACUAUGGUGCUGAAGAAGUUACAGAGAAGAUUCAUACAUUAGCAAGUACUUUACAGGAUACCAACAGAAACCUGAGACACGUUGACCAUUUACUGGGGCAAUACAGAGAAUACAACAAGGAACAAACAGAAGCAAUAGCAACUUUAAAAGAAACAUUGGAACAGUCUAUAGGUCAGUUAAAGAGUCAACGACUAACCCGAAACUCUGGAAUGAGAAGUGCUUCUCUCUCAAGCUUAUACCCUAGUGAUUUGGAUGGAGAAACAGUGUCAGGGGUCCACCACUUUGUGCCUACUUCUCCUCUCAGGGAUUAUGGAGACUCACAGGGCAAUAGACAUCGAAGGUCUAGAUCUGCAAGUGUUCGAUUUGUCAACGAGGCUGAUGAUUUGAAUCAGCUGCAUUCUUUCCACCAGUCACUUCGUGAUCUUAGUAGUGAACAAGUUCGUCUUGGAGAUGACCUCAGUCGGGAGCUUUCAAGAAGAAAUAGGGCUGAUGCAGAAGUGAGAGAGACUCUAGCGGAAUUGUCUGAAAAGCUCACUGAGUCACAAAGGCAAGAAACGGUAUCAGCACGUGUAGAGAGAAGACUUCAGGAGAUAGAACAAGAAAUGCGUGCUGAGAGACAGCUUGUAGAAAGGCGCCAGGACCAACUGGGACAAAUGUCUGUUCAAUUACAAGAGGCUUUAAAGAAACAGGAUGCUAAAGCAACUGAAACAGAAGAACUUGUGAAAAAUAAACUUGUGAAAUAUGAAAGUGAAAAGAAACAACUUGAGCAGGAAUUGGAGCAGUCCCGGAAAAAGCUGAAUCAAUCAGAAAGCAAUAGAGAAGCUCUUUUGCAUCAGAUUGAAGAAAUUCGUUCCCAACUUUUGAGAGCAGAAGAAGAUCGUGCAGACUUACAGCGUCAAAUUUCACAUGUGGUUAUGUACCAUCAGAGCUCCCAUGAUGUGCGAGAAGAUGAAAGGAGAAUUCGAACAGUAGCUGAAAGAUAUGAGAGAGAAAAGCAAGAACUGGAGAAACAUAUUUUGGAGCUUAAAGCAAAACUGACUCAUAACACAGCAAUGUCGGAGGUAGAAGAGCUAAAGAGACGCAUAGAGCAUAAGGACAAGGAGAAAGCACAGCUUGUAUUGCAGAUAGAGGUAUUAACAUCUGACCUGGAAAACAGGGAGAAGCAGCAGCAAAAAAUGCUAGACCAGCUAAAAGAGUUACAGAGUUGCUACAAGGCUAGUGAGAAUGGGCGUAGGCAAACAGAACUCCAGUCUGCUGAGUUAGCUCAUCAAAUUGAAGAGAGUACCAAGGAAGCAGAACGGUACCUUACUGAAUUCAAGCACUCAGAGGCACUCAGGCUGGAAACUGAGAAAAGAAGAGAAGAUUUGAAGGUGAGAGCACAGGAAACCAUCCGACAAUGGAAACAGAAGUGUAAGAAACUGGAUCGUGAGGUGGAAAAACAAAAUGAAGCUAUAAGUGAACUGAUGGACAAAAAUAAUCAGGCUCUCAAGGAAAAAGAUGACCUCAGAAAUCAACUUCUCUCUGCUAUACACCAAAUAGAAAACCUUCAGAAAGAGUUGGAUGAUGUGCUUACAAAAAGAGCCCAGCAGGAAGAACAACUUCACUGCAAAGAGGUAAAACUAGAUGAAAUGAAGUCUCAGCAGAUGUCUCUGGAAGAAGAGAUAAAAGAAUUUCAAGGUACUGUAAAUAAAUUAGAGAAUGAGUUGAAAAAGCAAAUCUUCCUACAAAAUCAGAUGCAAGCUGAAAAAGAACAUUUGGAGCAAGAAAUUGCGACUAGUAACUCAAUUCAUGAAAAAGACCGGGAAAGACUCUUAGAAAUGCAAGCAGAUGUAAAAAAUCUGAGUGCUGUGCGUGUGGAGCUAAUGAACAGAAUAGCAGAAGAAGAAAAAAUCAAAAAGGAAUUACAUAAGAGCCUCUCAGAACUCCAGAAACAUCAGGAAUCUAAGCAUGAAGAGAUGACUUCAGCUAAUAGGCAAUUGAAGAUGGAAAGAGAAGCUCACCAACAGGAGUUAGCAGAUCUUCGAUUAGAGUUACAUAAUGCUAAAAUCAAACAUGAACGAAACAUUCAAGAGCUUACAAAACUCCUUAAACAAGAAAAGGAUGAUGCAGAUGCUCAGAUUAGAAUGCUAAAGAUGGAACUUGUAGAAGAGAAGAACAUAGUCAAGGCUCAGAGUCAACAACUGGAGAAGAUAAAACUAGAAUGUGAUAAAUUGACAGAAGAAUUAACCCAAUGUGAAGAAGGAAAUACGAAACUCAGGCGAAAAUUUGAGUUUGUAAAACAAGAACUGGAGAAAAAGGAUAAACAGAUCAGCGAUGAAGAAGAUCAUUUGAGAAGGAUGGACAAGGCAAGACUGCAGUUUAAGGUUCAGCUGCAUCAUUUAGAAAUGGAAAAGGAAUCCAUUCUCACCAUGAUAGGAACUGAAAUUGAUGCUGCUUGUGAGAUUUUUUCUCGGGAUUCCAUGGAGAAAUUCAAAGCAAUAUCACUUACACCGACAGUGCUGAAUGAUCCUCAUCGCUGGUUAGCAGAGACAAAGACUAAGCUGCAGUGGCUGUGUGAGGAGGUGAAAGAGAGAGAAAAUAAGGAAAAAAAGCUGCGACGCUACUUGCUGCAGAGCCAACAACAUCUCAAGCACUUUACACAGCUGAAGGAGUCUGAACAUCAGUCUCUCUUCAAACAGAUAAAAAAGCAAGAACAACUUUUGGAAGAAGUUCACAAAGAAAAGAGAGAGCUACUAGAGAAGUUGCACAGAAGAGAGGAAGAAAUGGGAGCUCUCCAGGAACGAAUUAUGUCCUUAGAAAUGAGUACUCGAGUAGCUUUAGACCAUCUGGAGUCUGUUCCUGAGAAACUGAGCCUCUUAGAAGAUUUCAAAGAUAAUGGAGAGUCCCAUUGCAGGAGGGAGAUGAUUGAGGAGAGAUAUACAAAGUAUAAAGAAAUAGUGACUUCUCUGCAGCAGCAGCUGGAAGGCUCAAAACAAAGAGUCCAACAAUUCAAGGAUGGAUGCAGCAGCCAUGUGGAAAUAGAUGCUGAAAUUUCUGGUAUACAAGUGGCUGCUGCUUCUUCUAGUCGGCGAACUCAAAACAACUUUUUAUCCAGCUCACUGCUCUCAGAUUCUAGUUCACAUAUGCUGAGAACAGUCCCUUCUGAUACAAGUGCCAUAAAGGAAGAUUCCGUUAAUGUUGCCAUCACUGAAAUGAAGCAGCAAGCAGGAAGAGGGAAGCAGUAGGACAUUUUACAAAAACUCAGAAGAUUUUUUUUUUUAAACUGUGGUAAUUCCAUCUGCUGUAGGAGGAAACAUCCUUAAUGAUUCAAUGAUUACCAAACACCUAAAUGAAGAGCCCCAGUGAGACUCUGCUCAACUCCUGUAACCUGUACACCAAAGGUUUUCUGGGACUAUGAUAUUCUCUUGCAUUUUUUUCUGCAGUUCUAAACUAAAUUUAUUGUAUCCCUGAAAUAUUAUGAAUUUAAAGACCUGUGACAUUAAUCUUUGAUAUGAGCUUAUUUACCCAUGUACAGUACUUGUACUGAAGUGUUAUUUAAAAAGAUUUAAUAAUAUUAUUAUCAAAAAUAUUCAUAAAAAAUGUUUGUCCUAAUAUUUAUUAAGAGUCAUUAUAUAGUGUUAUACAAGUACAUUUAUGAAUUUAAGUGCUUCACUUUGCAACAAUCAUUUAAGAAAGAAGCAAUAAACAUUAAAACCUAAUUUCCUCAAAACCAUAUCAUGUCUUCAAGCUCAGCAUAUGUCACUUAUAAGCUGUUCAGAAUUAUUCUUCUUAUCAAAAUAGUUUUAUCAAAUGAUGUGGCAAAUUUGUUCUUGUGGGACUUCUGGUAAAGCACUUAAUAGCGCCUGAAUCUCACUCAUCUGUAUCAAAUGUACAGUAGAGCAUUGCUUUGUGGCUGUGAAAAUUUUACUAGCAGAGCUUAAUGAUCACUUAUUUAUUCUGUUUUCUUCUCAGUUAGAAAAGGCAUAUCAUGCCGAAUGUAAAAUACUACGAAAAUACUGCAUUGCAUGGUUGUAUUUGUUUGGGUGAUUCUAUUUUAAACAGUAGUGGUACAAUUCUGCAUUACUGUGAUCUCGAGCAGCACAUCACAGAAGAAUCUGCUGUCAAAAGAAACAGCAGUUCUUCUGAUGGUCCUGAUUUUUUCCUUUUUUUUUUUUUUUUUUAGUGUGCUUCUGAUUGAACCACUACUGAUGUGCCUUAAAAAUUUGCCAAAUCCAUUAGAGUACUGUAGUAACAUGAAUACUAUUGCAAUAAUUGUUUUUCUUUCACGCUUAGGAAGUGUUUCUCUAAAACACUGUUUUUUAGCACCAUAGGUGUCUCAGGUCAUUAUGUGCCACCUGAAAACAGGACAUUUUUUUUCUUUUUAAGUUUCUGAAGUUUUCCGCCAUCCCAGUGGUUUCUAUAGCCUUAACAGAGUCCAUAUGGAUUCUGUCUGUUUCAAACAGAACUUGCUGAGAACAUCAAAAUUGUAGAAGAAAAUGAGGGGAAAAAAAGAAAAAAAGAAUUUAGCUUUCAUUUUCUAUGGACUUGAUUUUUUUUUCUUAUUUAUUUUGUACAGUUUUCUUCACCUUAUGUAUGUGUAUAAUGUUAUGCAUUAUAGUGCUGUCAUUGGCUUUUUAUAUGUCUGUUAGUUCAAAAGGUCCAGAAAGCAAAACAGUCACAUUCAUCUCUUCUCAUCUUAACAGCAAUGGAAGGACAGGACAAACACAUAACCAAAUAAUGUCUUCUGGAGAGGGCUGGACAAAUAGAAUCCAAUUUUUGUCAUGGUCUACAAAGACUAUGGGUAUAAUGAAGUUAAGAUAAACUAAACCGAGUGUAUGGUGUAUCCAACAUUUGUAAUUUAUUUUUUUUUAAUUAGAUCAGAGCACAGCGAGAAGUGGAGUGUUUAAAAUGUUCAAAGUGUUUUUUUUUCUGUUUGAACAUUAGAAAACUGCAAGAGAGUCACCAGCUUGCAGAUUUUAUAGUAGCUGAAAAUUAUGACAAAAAUAUAUAUAUAAAAAAAAGUCAUUUUAAAAUAUGUUUUAAAACAGUAAAUCAUGCUCUCUAAGUCUGAGGGAUUGUUUGAAAGUAAUGCCUCCUAUUUUAUUAUGCUGGCUGACAAUAUCAGAGGUGGAUCUUGGUGGUAUGGCAGUAGAUGUUGAACCUUCCCACCAAUAUUCCAUGUUGUCACCGAGGGGCAGUCUGACAGAAUGGUGUCUGACAUGGAAGUGUGGAUGAAGCAAAGGGGUGUCAUGGAAUUAUUCCAUGGUGAAAAAACUGCAUCCAUUCAUAUUCAUGGAUGCUUCCUGAAAGUUUACAGAGACCAAACAGUGGAUGUGAGCACAGGGAGGCAGGGGGUGGUGUGUUUCAGCAGUGGUGACAGCAACUGUGAGUCACCUCCACUAGAGCAGGCUUUUAUGAGUGCGACAUGCAGGCUCUUGUUCAUUGCUAAUGAAAAUGCAUAACUAAUGGUGGUGACUGUUGAAGAAUAGUUUUUUGUAGCUGAGAAUUUGCUCUAUGAAAUAGUGUAAUUGUGCUCUUUGUUGUAGUUUCCUUGAAAAUAAAUAGGAGGCAUUACUUUUGAAGUAACCUAUGUAUAUCAUUUUGGAAAGACUCUAGUGCUGAUGGAUAAAAAUGUGUGCUCUGCUCACUUUACUGAAGCUGAAAUGUUUUUUUUGAAGUAAAUCACUUGCUGGAAAAUUAAUGGAACUUAAAUGUCUCAGCUGAGAAGCAAUAUGUUGAGAAAUAACAUCCUCUCUUUUUCCUAAGGUAUUUGUAAAAAUCUGGAUAUUCACUGCUUUUACCAUUUUAUAUAUUUAUAUACUGAUCAUCACUUGUAACUCAGAAAUCAGGUGUCUUUCCUUAAAACAGCAUCACUUCUUUAUAGUGUUUGACAAUGAUGGAUAAGCAGACUGAUCUCCCUUGCUAUUCCAUGAAAUUCUUAAUUAUUUUUUAAAAGUGCAGGUGAAUAAAUUUAGUAAGUUCAG